AUGAAUUUGGGAAGCAGUCAAAACACAGACGACAUUGAAAAUAGACAAACGUUUCCACUCAACAUGAAAAGAUUUCUCUCGUUGCUACUACUUUUGGGCCUAAGUUCCUACUCGCAUGCCGUCUUAAAAGCCUGUGUCUGCGAAGCUGGCCCUGAGGGACCACCAGGACCAAAAGGUGACCCCGGCAUCCAAGGUGAGAAGGGACAUCCCGGCUAUCCAGGCCUUCCCGGUGCCCAGGGGCCAAUUGGUGCACAAGGUGUCAAAGGCCCCACUGGACCACAAGGUUUACAAGGUGUGAAUAGAGGUGAACGUGGUCCACCCGGUCCACAGGGACCACCUGGUAUAUGCGUAUGUCCCACAGCACGUGCUAGGGUAACACACAUAAAAGCUUUUCCAGAGUCCACCAACACCAUUUAUAUGAAAAUGGAAAAUGGCGAACUGACUCCGGUGCAGAAGGGAAUUAUUUUGGGAUAUACGGGUAUAUCCAAGGAUACGGAUAUAGCCAACAAGGCGUGA